AUGGGUUUCUCUUCUUUUUUACACGACAACUUCGUCCCUCAUGUUCCGAGGUCCCUGGAGCAGCUCACCAGAAGUCAAACGUCUGCUGAUGUCGCUCCUCUGCUGCUGAACAAGGGUGAAAAGGCUGGUGAAGUAAGCUCCGUCCACUCGACUCUUACUUACACUUCUCGAGACAGUUCCAACCAUCUCCACAGAUCCUUGAGAUCGAGACAUGUUCAGUUGCUCGGUAUCGGUGCUACCAUCGGCUCAGCUUUGUUCGUCGCUAUCGGCAGAGAGGUGGUGUAUGGCCCGCUCAACUUGUUUCUUGGAUUCACGGUGUGGUCAAUUCCCAUCUUGUGUAUUACUAUCAGUACUGCCGAGAUAGUGACGUACUUGCCCAUUACCUCUCCUUUCGUCAGAAUGGCCGGCCGGUGCUGUGACAACGCAUUGGAGGUGAUGACGGCUUGGAAUUUCUGGUUCUUGUGCUGUGCCCAAAUUCCUUUUGAGGUGGUGACAGUCAAUUCGGUUCUUCAUUACUGGAGAGACGAUUUUUCCGCGGCCAUCCCGUUGGCACUUCAGGUAGUGUUGUAUUUCUUAAUCAACAUCUUUGGUGUUGCGAUCUACGGUGAGGUUGAGUUUUGGUUGAGUUUGGGUAAAGUUAUCUUGGCUGUUGCUCUUAUUUUUUUCACCUUCAUCACUAUGGUAGGCGGCAACCCGCAGAACGAUGCAUUCGGUUUCCGCUACUGGCGUGAUCCAGGACCCUUGAGCGCAUUUCAAUAUCCAGGCAAAAUUGGUUAUUUCAGAGGUUUCUUGUCUUGCUUGAUUAGAGCAACCUUUACCUUUGCUGGACCUGAGUACGUUUCUCUUGUCGCUAGUGAGACCAUCAACCCCAGAAAGACAUUGCCAUCGGCGUACAAGCAGGUCUUCAUCAGGUUGACUAUUUUCUUCAUUGGAGGCGCUCUUUGCUGCGGGAUUCUCGUGCCUUCCAAUGACCCAACCUUGAUUGAGACUCGUGGUGCCACUAAGCCUGGUGCUGGAGGAUCGCCAUACGUUAUUGCCAUGCAAAACAUGGGAAUCAAGGUGUUUCCAGAUAUUGUUAAUGCUUUGUUGGUUACGGCGGCCUUCUCUGCUGGUAACUCGUACACCUACUGUUCGUCCAGAACGUUGUACGGCUUUGCCUUGGAUGGCUACGCUCCCAAAUUUCUCACCGCUACCACGAAAUCUGGUAUUCCCAUGUAUUGCAUGCUUAUUUCGUUGGCGUGGGCUUUUAUUUCUUUCUUGCAGUUAGGUGAAGAAGCUUCCAAAGUGUUGGACUGGAUUGUCAACUUGAUUACCUCGUGCCAGUUGAUCAACUUCUUCAUCUUGUGCUUGACCUACUGUUGUUUCUACCGUGCAAUGAAGGCACAAGGCAUUGACCGCCGCACGUUGCCCUUCAGAGGAUGGUUCCAGCCUUGGUUGGCGAUAUUCGGAGGUGCUAUGGCUUUCACCAUGACAUUUGUCGGCACCUACGAGACAUUCAUGCCUGGUGGAUGGGACAUCAAGAACUUUUUGUUCUCCUACUUGAUGAUCUUCAUUGACAUUGGCAUUUACAUUGUGUUCAAGCUUGUUAAGCGUACCAAGUGGAAGAAGCCAGAAGAGGUGGAUUUGGUAACUGGUCUCAAGGAGGUUGAAGAGCACGAGGCAUGGUACUACCAGCAGCUUGAAGAGAAGAACCAGUUGAAGGCUAAUGGUGAGGUUAAGCAGAGCUUAUGGCAGAGAUGCUGUACCGUGAUAUUUGGCAGUGCGCUUUAG